AUGUCAACUUCAAGAAUAUAUCGUUCGAACUACCCCCGUCCUCAUGUUCCAACGAAUCUCAGCAUAUCCCAAUAUCUUCAGCUAUACAACCCAGACGAUACAGCCGCCGACAAAGUUAUCUUCGAAGACGAUUGGACAGGAAAGACUCUAACCUAUUCCGGGUUGAGAGCUCAAAGCGCUAGAGGCGCUUUUAGUCUAAGACAGUUACUCAAUCUAGAGGAGGGAGGAGCCGGUGCGUUUGUGGAUGUCGUACUAUUGAUUCAUGCAGUCUUGUGGUGUGGUGGGACUGCUAUACUCGUCAACCCGCUCAGCACCUCGUACGAGGUAGCCCACUGCCUCGGAAUAUCUGAGCCAAAAAUCCUAGUCGCCGACUCAAGCACAUGGCCAACCCUAUGCGGCACCAUGUCCCUUUCCGUCGGUAUAGUCUUCCCGUCUCACCUCCCAUUACCCCGGAUCGAAAUUGAUAGCUUCCAGGCCAUUCGCCUACCCAAUAUUUUCCAAACGAACAAUGCUUUACCGCCAAUGGACUUAUCGGAGCGAGACAGCCGCGAGCACACGGCAUGUGUCUGUUUUAGCUCUGGAACCAGUGGCAAAGCGAAGGGAGUGGAGCUGUCCCACUACAAUCUCGUCGCGACCAUGGCAGGGAUCCGGCCGUCGGAUACCACUCUCUGGAACGAGACUAUCAGUCAAGUUUUCUUUGCCCCUCUGUGUCAUAUCUAUGGACUCGUGAGCGCCGCUCUGAUGGGAGCAUCGAUUGGCUAUUACACCAUGUUGAUGAGGAAGUACACGCUUGGCGGCCUCCUUGAGCUCUCAGCAAAGGUGAACGCUAACACCUUACGCAUCCUUCCUACCAUUGCGGUUGCGAUCACUAAGGAUCAUGGGUUCGACCUCGCACAGUUACGGAGUAUCAAGUUGAUCAUGUGCGCCGGAGCUACAUUGCCCCCAAAGAUCAUCGAGUUCUUCAACCACCGAUUUCCCGGCGCCCCUAUCUUCCAAGGCUACGGGAUGACUGAGACGAAUAUCACCACUCUUAGAGCUGAGCAGGCUCACAUGAUAGGCAGUGUGGGAAAGCUAUUUGCUAACCUUGAAGCUAGGUUGGUCGAUGAUGAUAUGAAUGAUGUGAAGUUUGGCGACGAAGGAGAGAUGCUCGUACGCGGGCCAACAGUCUUUCGCAGGUAUAUGAAAAACCAAGCAGCGACAGAUGAGGCUUUCCAUAAUGGCUGGAUGAAGACAGGGGAUAUUUUACGGUCUGAUGAGAAUGGGUUCUUCUAUUUGACUGAACGCAAGAAGGAAUUGAUCAAGUACAAAGGUAACCAAGUUGCACCCGCAGAGCUAGAAGCGUACCUUGGCGGCCACCCUUAUGUCAGAGAGUGUGCUGUUUGUGCACUUUGGGAUGAAGACCAGGGCACUGAAGUCCCCAUCGCAUACGUUGUCCUGACUGAUGAAGGAAGAGCAGCGAGGGAGAACAUUGAAGUUACGCUGGCUGACAUCCAGAAACAUGUCGACAGCAAAGUCUCGCCCUACAAGAAACUCAGAGGAGGUGUUGUAGCGCUAGACGAGAUACCAAAAACAGGCACAGGCAAGGUACUGCGACGUCUGCUGCCCGCAAGGCUAGCAAAAGAACGAUCAUCAAAGCUUUAA